AUGGGAUACGGCACGCAAGUACAAGAAGACACGACGAGCCUGAUCGCCACCUACCUGGAGAUCCAGAAGAUAAUGGCCCAAUAUGUUGACGCACGGUGGAGAACCCACUACCAGAGCGAGAGGCGGCUUGAUGAUCUGGCGCGUGAGAAGCAGAGGCACGCACACAACGUGAACGUGCUGACCGCCCACAGCGGAGGAGCGCGGAUGUCGCUCGAAAUGAACGAAACAGUGCCAAAAGUCCAUCUCCGGCCACCUGCUCGUGAUCCGAGGCUUCCCGAGGCGAUAGCCACCCAAGAACUCGUCGGCGUCGACGCUGGUCUGUCAGGGGCCUGCAACGAUACGACGGUGGAUAGAGCCUACAUCAAUGAUGUACACGCCACCACGGCCAUACGCAACGCAACUACCAGAUUCUUGCAGCUUGUCGAGAAGAUAAGCAAGACGGCGGAAAGCCAAAAAUCGGCGGUGGAGCAGGCGAAAACAUCAUGUGCCAAACGGGAGAAGGCCUUCAAAGAACAACGCGACAAGCUGGCCAUCCAGUUCCCGGAAGAAUGGUUCAAAAGCCUGCCCCUGAAACAGCGACUGGGGCAGGACGUGCAGGGCCCACAACCAAAUCCUCCACAAAGGGGACGACCCGCCGAAUACGUUGAGAAUUCACAAUGCUGCAAUUGUGAGAAGACACAAAAAUUGACUCGAGCCUACGGACCCGUGGCCUGCCCUGACUGUCGUGCCUCCUAUAGACAUGCCAUCGAAAAAUUGUUGAACGGGGAGACGAAGCCCUGCUCGGAGGAUCCUUGUUCUAAGGAUGAGACGACGAGACACGGGCCGCCUGAUCUCUUUAACCUGAAAGCACCCUAUCGCCGGCCACUGACCCUGAACGCCGCUUUUUUUCAGUGCGUUGCCGCCAGCAUCUUAUCGCAAACCUCGAAGCCAAGGGAUUCCGACGAGACCUCCUGCCCGCCUUCCGAUCCGAAUAACAGCGUCCGCUCGCUCCAAUUGCUGCCUUCUCGCCUCCAACAUCACUCGCCUGUCGUUUUCGAGGGUCGCCGC